AUGAAUGAACACACAUGGAGCAAGGAGAAAACGGAGCAGAAGACGCAGGAGUUGACAGAGGACCAGAAUGAGAAGGAUCAGAAGGAGAGUGAGCAGACGGAGCAGACGGAGCAGACGGAGAAGGGGCAGAUGGAUCAGAUGGAGAAGAUGGAAGAGGAGCAGAUAGAAGGGUCGGAGGAGUCGAAGGAGUCGAAGGAGUCGAAGGAGUCGAAGGAAGAAAGGGAGAAAUCUAACAACUUGGAGGAGACUCGCGCAGACGCUGAAGUGGAGGUGAAAUCUGCAGAGGACGCGAAAUCUGUGGAGGACGUGGAAUCUGUCGAGGACGUGGAAUCUGUCGAAGACGUGGAAUCUGUCGAGGACGUGGAAUCUGUUCAAGAUGAGGGAAAGAUGGAGGCAGUACGACCGCUGGGCAGUGCUGAAGCCAGUCAGAGUGAGUUGGAUGACCCCGGCCUCUCAAGUACUGCAGUGAAACAGGAGGCUGCACUACUGGUGGAAGUUCCAGAAAGGGCUUCUGACUGGCAGGUGCAAAUCCUCAGGGAGUUCAUGCACCUUGUGGGCGUGCGUGUCACCAGAAGCCAGCAUACACCAGGUACUCCGCAACGAAUUCUGAAGUUGGCAAAUCUGGAGGAGGUUCAGGAGGAGGACAAGUCAACCUUGGUAGCGGAUGCAAAUGAUGCACUUGAUGCACAUGAGGUAUCUGCUAUUUUCCACGACGUGGUUGUCCAAUCUUUGACCUCAGAAGGUUUGGGCGGCCACUUCAAGAUUCGGAUUCCUGAAGGUGCAACUGUCGGACUUCUUCGGGAAUCGGUUGCUGGACGUUGUGGUGGUGGUGGAGUGGCUGCCCACAUUCGAAUGGUCCGGCGAUUUACCGACGUCUUGUUUCUGCCCCUUGAUGAUUGCGAGCCUGUCCGUUCAAAGGAGGUGCUCCUUCUGGGCAUAGAUUUGGCUGGUGUUGAAGGAGAGACUAAUUUUGAAAAGGCGGGAGGUGUGGAAGCCAAAAUGUUUGUCGAUACAGAGGACGACGGAGCUCAGAAGACGAAGACACGUGAAUCAAUUUCCUUGCUUAUGGCAGCAAUGGAACUCUUGGAAGAUCCACAAGUUCAAGAACUUUUCAUGGGCUUGGACACAGUCAGCGACAUUCUAGCUGCUUGGGAACCGCCUUGGAUAUCUUCAGGAUUUCAUGAUUUGGAUGCUCAGACUCUCCAGACAGUUGCUCCAAGUACUAUUCAAGGUUGGGCUCAGAGUUUUUCGCAGCUUGUUGCAAAAAUGACAGCGACAGCAAGGAAUGAGAAAGCUCAUGCAAGCAUGACAAGCACGGAUGCAAACAUUGAUGAAGCGAAACCAGACAAUGAAAAUGCACAUGCGGAAGUACCAGAUGAAGUUGAGAGCGAAAACGGUAAGGGUCUUCUGGAAAAGCCAGUCCAGAGUCCAUACGAUCGAAGUGAGAAACGAGAUGAGGCAGCCGGGGAAGCUUGA